CAGGUCUGCCCGGAUUUGACAUCGCAAACAAUGAUCGGCUUCCACUCCCCAGGAAUAUGAUUGAAAACAGCAUGUUUGAGGAAGAACCAGAUGUGGUGGAUUUAGCCAAAGAGCCUUGUUUACAUCCUUUAGAGCCUGACGAGGUGGAAUAUGAGCCCCGGGGUUCACGACUGCUGGUGCGGGGUCUGGGUGAGCAUGAGAUGGACGAGGAGGAAGAGGAUUAUGAGUCGUCUGCCAAGCUGCUGGGCAUGUCCUUCAUGAACAGAAGCUCAGGCCUUCGGAACAGUGCAUCUGGCUACAGGCAGAGCUCAGAUGGGACUUGUUCAGUGCCCUCUGCAAGGACCAUGCUGGUCUGUGCUUUUGUCAUUUUGCUUGCCAUUUCUGUAAUAAUGGUGAUUUAUCUCCUGCCCAGAUGUACCUUUACCAAAGAAGGCUGCCAUAAGAAAAACCAGUCCAUGGGACUCAUCCAGCCGAUUGCAACCAAUGGGAAGUUGUUUCCAUGGGCGCAGGUCAGGCUUCCCACUGCCAUUAUGCCUCUGCACUAUGAACUCAGCCUGCACCCAAACCUAACCACAAUGACAUUCAAGGGUUCUGUGACGCUUUCGCUUCAGGCUCUUCAGGCCACAUGGAAUAUCAUUCUUCACAGCACAGGCCAUAACAUUUCAAGAGUGACCUUUAUGUCAGCAGUUUCAAGCCAAGAAAAACAAGUCGAAGUUCUGGAAUAUCCAUUCCAUGAACAAAUCGCCAUUGUUGCCCCGGAAGCCCUUCUUAAGGGGCAUAAUUAUACCUUGAAGAUAGAGUACUCGGCAAAUAUAUCUAGUUCUUACUAUGGGUUUUAUGGAAUCUCCUACACAGAUGAACAUAAUGAGAAAAAGUACUUUGCAGCAACUCAAUUUGAACCUCUGGCAGCAAGAUCUGCUUUUCCUUGUUUUGAUGAGCCAGCAUUUAAAGCCACUUAUACCGUCAAGAUCAUAAGAGAGGAGAACUACACUGCUUUAUCAAAUAUGCCUAAGAAGUCAUCAGUCACUAUGAAAGAUGGACUUGUUCAGGAUGAAUUUUUUGAAAGCGUGAAGAUGAGCACUUACCUGGUUGCUUUCAUUGUGGGGGAGAUGAAGAAUCUGAGCCAGGACGUAAAUGGAACCCUGGUUUCUAUAUAUUCUAUACCAGAAAAGAUUGGCCAAGUUCACCAUGCCUUGGAAACAACUGUGAAGCUUCUUGAGUUUUUUCAAAACUACUUUGAAAUUCAAUACUCACUUAAGAAAUUGGAUUUGGUGGCUAUUCCUGACUUUGAAGCAGGAGCAAUGGAAAAUUGGGGUCUGCUCACCUUCCGAGAAGAGACACUUCUGUAUGACAAUAAUACUUCUUCAGCAGCAGACAGAAAACUGGUUACUAAAGUCAUCGCUCAUGAGCUGGCCCAUCAGUGGUUUGGUAAUCUGGUAACAAUGCAGUGGUGGAACGAUCUAUGGCUGAAUGAAGGUUUGGCUACUUUCAUGGAGUAUUUCUCUUUGGAAAAGAUAUUCCAGAAGCUCUCUAGUUAUGAAGAUUUCUUAGAUGCUCGAUUUAAAACCAUGAAGAAAGAUUCCUUGAAUUCAUCUCAUCCAAUAUCAUCAUCUGUUCAGUCUUCAGAACAGAUUGAAGAAAUGUUUGAUGCUCUUUCCUAUUUUAAGGGAGCUUCUCUCUUGUUGAUGCUGAAAACAUAUCUUGGUGAAGAUGUAUUUCAACGUGCUCUUGUUCUUUACCUGCAAAAGCAUAGCUAUGCAUCCAUUCAAAGUGAUGAUCUGUGGGAUAGUUUUAAUGAGGUCACAAACAAAACAGUAGAUGUCAAGAAAAUGAUGAAAACCUGGACCCUGCAGAAAGGAUUUCCUUUAGUGACUGUGCAAAGAAAGGGAAAGGAGCUUCUUAUACAACAAGAAAGAUUCUUUUUAAAUAUGAAGCCUGAAAUCCAGCCUUCAGAUGCAAGCUAUCUGUGGCAUAUUCCACUAUCCUUUGUCACUGAGGGAAGAAAUUAUUCAAAACAGCAAUUGGUAUCAUUUCUGGACAAGAAAUCAGAUGUCAUCAAUCUUACAGAAGAAGUACAGUGGAUCAAAGUCAAUACAAACAUGACUGGCUAUUAUAUUGUACAUUAUGCAGAUGAUGAUUGGAAUGCACUAAUCAAACAGUUGAAAAUAAAUCCUUACGUCCUGAGUGACAAAGACCGAGCCAACCUCAUCAACAACAUCUUUGAACUUGCAGGGCUAGGCAAAGUGCCUCUUCAGAAGGCCUUUGAUUUGAUUGGUUAUCUUGGAAAUGAGACCCAUACUGCACCCAUCACUGAAACCCUGUUUCAGACAGGCCUCAUCUAUAACCUCCUUGAAAAACUAGGAUAUAUGGAUCUGGCCUCAAGACUGGUGGCCAGGGUAUCUAAAUUGCUUCAAAGCCAAAUUCAGCAGCAAAACUGGACUGAUGAUGGCUCCCCAUCUGCUCGAGAGUUGCGGUCAGCCUUGCUAGAAUUUGCCUGUGUUCACAACCUAGAGAACUGCAGCACUACUGCCUUGAAGCUGUUUGACGAGUGGGUUGCAUCCAAUGGAACUCUAAGCCUACCUACUGAUGUCAUGACUGCUGUGUUCAAAGUCGGAGCAAGGACUGAGAGCGGCUGGUCGUUCCUCUUAAGCAAGUACAUCUCUAUAGGCUCUGAAGCAGAGAAGAAUAAAAUACUUGAAGCUCUUGCCAGCUCAGAGGAUGUACGGAAACUUUACUGGUUAAUGAAAACUAGCCUCAGUGGAGAUACCAUCCGAACACAAAAGCUGUCAUUUGUCAUAAGAACAGUGGGCCGACAUUUCCCUGGACACCUACUGGCAUGGGAUUUCGUCAAAGAGAACUGGAACAAGCUUGUACAGAAGUUCCAUCUGGGUUCCUAUACCAUACAAAGUAUUGUUGCUGGAUCAACUCACCUGUUUUCAACGAAGGCACAUUUGUCGGAGGUCCAGGCAUUCUUUGAAAAUCAGUCAGAGGCAACCUUUCAGCUUCGUUGUGUCCAGGAGGCUUUGGAAGUCAUUCAGCUGAAUAUCCAGUGGAUGGAGAAGAACCUUCAGACGCUGACGUGGUGGCUGUAGCAUGCACAGCUGCACCUCAUUUUGUCACCCGUCAGAGAGCUCGUUAACUUGGGCUCUGCUUGUUAACUUUUGCAAAAGACAAGGUGAAGCCAAGGAUCGCUGCUGAGUUGUUUGCACUCUUAGGAGCUGUAGUUCGCGCAGGGUCCAUCGGUCUUUCUGAAACAUCUUUGGGCAGUACGUAGUUAUUUAUUACAAAAUUACAUUCACUUAUAUGCCAACCAUCUACAAAAACAACAAGUAAUGUGUAUACUUUGAAGAUACCCAAAUGGGGAAUAAAAUGGCUUGGAAUUCUGUUCUAUUUCUCAGUAUCGGUAAAGUACUGGCCCAGUGAAACAAGGAAAGACCUACCAUGGGAGCCGCCAGCCAUUGUUGCAGGCUGCUGGUUUGUGAGCCAUUUGUUGCUUCUUGUUGAUAGAGUUGUUGAAUGUGGUAACACUUCAAAAAGUAUGGCAAUCAGUGAAGUGGAUGAAGCAUGCAACUGUAGAGAGCUCAUCUCAGGUGUGCAGAUCUACUUUGAUUUGGGGUUUUGAUUAAUCAUUUAUUUCCUGGAAAAUUUUUAAAUAAGAUCUAUAACUAUUAUAUUUUUUUUCUGCAAAAUAGCUAGGUGCUACAGAAUUUUUAAAUUUUUGUUAUAUUAAAAAGCUAAAUAACAAGGCCAAAAGAUUAUAUUUUCCCAAUGUUUAACAUUUUCUUUUUCAUCUUUUAGGAAAAUGUUUCAAACUAAGAUAGCUUUAAUUAUAAUUAUUUUAUUCUUAAGUUUCGAUAUUCUCCAUAUCUAUACACCUCUACCAUUCCCUGCCCUAAAUAUACUUUAUAUAAAUAAGUAUUUUCACAGUUAUGGCAAACAUUUUGUUAUACUGGUGUCUUUCAUCAUUACUUUAUCACUGUUACUAAAAAUAUAGGUUGUUUUUAUAUAUCUUUUGGCAUGAUAGAUUUUAGACACUUUCUCUCUGAAUCAUACCCAUGGGUGGGUUUUUCAUUUUAUAUGAUAAAGUAGCACAUAAGAAACAUUUUAAAGUAGGGCCUUGGAGAAAUUGAACAUUUUUAUUUGAAGUUCACCAUAGUACCUUAAAGGAAUGAGAGAAUGUGAGAAAGGAGUAACUUGAUUCAUAUGGAAUAUGGUGGGCUUUGAAUUUUUCCCCACUAUCAAAUACAGUACUUUCCUUUAGUUGAAAAAUCAUAGUUUUAUUUUACCAUGGCCAAACUAGCAAAUUAAAGGGAAUGUCGAGAGAGAGAGAGAGAGAGAGAGAGAAGAAAGAAAGAAAGAAAGAAAGAAAGAAAGAAAGAAAGAAAGAAAGAACAGGAAGGAAGGAAAAGAAAGGAAGGAAGGAAGGGAGGAGAAAUCCAAAACUGUAUGGCAUUUUUACUCCUUCUAAAGGAGAAAUACUGUACUUGAAUUUUGUGAGUUCUGCAGACUUAUAUUUAGAUUAUGGUGUUUCUUUGAUUCUUAGGAGAAAAGCUUCCAAAUAAUUCUUGUACUUUAUAUUGUGUUUAAAAACAUAUUUGUAAAAAGAGGAUAAUUACCCAUUUUCAAGCACUUAAAAACACUCCACAGAAUCAGACAAUGGGAAUGGUCACCUUUUUUUAUUCAGCAAGUGUAAAGUGAAAACGUGGGAUUGUGUAUAAAACUAUAUUUUAUUUUAUGAAAAUAUUUUUAUAUAACAAAAUUUAAAAGGCUGGCAAGCUGAAAUAUAGCUUUCUUUACUCCUAGUAUGUUUUCACCCAAUUUAGUCUUUUCUAAAUAUUUAUCUGUCUGUUUUAGAAUAGAAAACAUUAUAUCCUGAGAAUCACAGCAUCAUCUAAAGAUGUCUUAUUGAAACUGGGGUAAUUGUAGGUUUUUAUUCCUCUUGUGCUUCAGUAAAUGAAUGAUAAUUUAGUUGAUAGUGAAAGUUAGUGAGUUUUUAUAUUUUUAGAGUGGGAAAAAAUAUUAAACUUUUGAGGUUUUUUUGUUGUUGCUGGAUUGUUGUUUUUUUACCAUGUUAUAUUACUAAAUUCCACUUUGAUACAGAGUUUAAAUUUUGCUACUUCUCAAAUUCAGUUAAGAUGCUUCAGUUUUAUCUGUCCAUCUUCACAUGGCUCCUGUAUCAUGUGUUAACUGCAUAUGGCAGAUGUUGUCCUGAAUUAUAUCAUUUUUUCCUGUGAGAGUGUGUGUGUGGUAUGGGGGUGUGUGUUAUUAUUAUAAGUAAAACCUUAUCAAAACUUCAGCUAAGAAAGAGGUAACUCAUAUACCAUUGCUAUCUUUGUACUCAAAAGCCGUUCAUUCCCAUGAAACUGGAUCCCUACUAUUUAUAGUUGUGUUUGUGGGCCUCACCUCAGACUAUUUGCAGUUUUAUUAGGUCUUACCUCAAGUUUUCCCACAGAAUUCCAUAAUUUUCAUUGUUAUGCUAAUCAAUAUAUAUGAGACAUCUAAAAAUUAACCUAAAUCAGGAACAUAAGGUUAAGUAAUAGGUAAAACAUGUAGUAUAGUAAGUAUAAUUGUAGCUUUUGAAGUUUUUCCCCCAAAACUUUAUCUUGGCCACUGAAUUUCUGAGAAGUCAAGUAGACUGAAGCACAGCAGUUAGCCACAGUUUGCUUUUUUAUAUAAGCACAUAGGUCCAUGAUACAAUUGUUUGUGACAAGUAUUAUAUUCAUUGCAGAGAGACAUCUGCUUGAAUGUAAUGUCAAAGACAUAUCUUGAUCCUUAGGAAUGGAAAAUCUGGAGUUGUGGGAACACAAAACUUAGGCUAUGAAAGGAGAAAUCCAAGGAGUCCAGUUUGUUCUGUUAAUAUCAAGUGAUUGGAAGUAUUAAACUGCAAGGAGUGUCAGCCUCUACCAUAAGCCUGCACCUUCUUUCAUCUAACUGAUUUACAUAAAUCUCUUUAAGUGAAUUUAAGUGUUCUCUGCCGUUGUUUCAGUGUUCAUGAACUUUCUUGCUAUCACAAGUUCCACUUGACUCUAAUAUUCUUUGCCAUUCAUGUUUUCAUUUUAUUGUACUUGUCCAUUGUAGGAACAAAAGAGCUGGCAGAAGAGCCCUGGGUACAUGGAGGAUGUUGAGCUGCAUCAGUCUUACUGGGUACAGAAUAGAAUGCUUUCUGAGUAUUGUACAGUAAGAAAUGAAAAUUAAGUGCUGAGUUUGUUGGAUUACUGAUAGCCUGUUACCGAGUUGGAUUUUAAAAACAUUCUACUCAGACCAAAGCACCUGGAACCAUAAUCUGCAGUCAGAUUGCUGACCAUUCCCAUAAUGCCUUUGCAUUUCAUGGGGCUGCAGGGAAGGCCUAUGCAUCUCAGGAGAUGUAUCAUCACCAAGCAUAGCAGUUCCUGGGCUAAGUUUGCAGAAUAAGACCUGAAUUUCCUAGGUAUGAGGUAGCUCUUCUUCUCCCCUUUGCCUUUGUUUUUAGUGUUUUUAUUGGAAUUAAUUCUCUUUUUAAAGAGCUUCCCCUCAGCCCCAUUUUUAUUUUUUAAAAUACUGUAUAUAAUUUUGCUGGUUUUUGCAGUCUUGUAUUGUGUGCUUCAUUCUCUGUAUUGGCAAGUAAGUACCAAAUGAAAAGUGGAGGUCCAGAAGUAUGAUAAAUCUCCUCUUCUCCCUUUCCCUUAUUGCCGGCGUGGGCAAUCGCUAGUAGAGUAGUGUUGACUGAUUUCUUUCAGUGGCUUUUUGGGGGUAUAUACUUUAAAUAUGUACAUAGGUGGUUUUGAUGUGUUUUUAUAUCCUUUCAUUUUGUAUAUUUUGUCCUGAUGAAAAGUGAAAUAUUAUCCAUGAAAAUCUCUUCUGCCUUCCCAUAGUGUCUGUGUGGGCAACAGCUCUAGAGUAGAUUUUUAUUUCCUUUUUUGAAAGGAGGUGGUGAUAUUGAGAGGUGAGCAGAGUAUGGUCUUUUAAAAACGUGUACAAAAUGUUUUUGCUGCUAUUUUGUGGGUGUUGCUUCAUUUUGUAUUUCGUUCAUGCUUCUCAUGGAUAAUGAAGCGUGGAGAUCCAGAAGUCGGACAGAUGUCCCGUUUACCCCUUUCCUUGUUGCCUGCAUGGACAAUAGCUAAUAGAGUAGUGGUUGCUGUUGUUUUGAUCUAGGCUUAGGUGUAGGGGGAGAUGUAUAUCAUUCUUUCAGGUGUACAUAAUGUUAUGCUACUUAUUUAUUUUUCAUUUUAUAAAUGUUCUUUUGCUUGGAUGCAUUAUAUACUUAAUGAAACAGGUUCAGAGAAUGACAGAUUUUUUUUUCCUUAUUGCCUCUUUGGACAGUAACUGAUAGAGUAGUUUGCUUUGUAUUGUGGUGUAGGAGAGAAUGGGGUAUGUACUUACUGUAUAUAAAUAAAUUUGCUACCACUUUGUACUAUUAA